UUAUUUUUAAAAUGUAUUACCAAUCUUUUACCAAAUUUAGAACUCAUAAAAACACUUUCCGGAUUCAUUUUAACAUCACCACUACGUAAUCUUUUUUCAAAAAUAAAAAAAUCAUUAUGAAGUAAAAAAUAAAAAAAUCAUUAUGAAGUAAAACCAUGUAUGGUGUGGCACAAUGAUAAGUCACUUUAAGAACAAAGCCUAAACUCACUAGAGCAUCAUUAUUGAGAGUUUUUUAGGACGGAGUUCUUAUAAAAACAUAAGAAAUUAUUUCUUAAUUUUUAAUUACAUCGUGAAGAUGCUCUUCAAUCCCAAAUCUACAUACAUCAUGCACAAUCGGUUUGGGGGUCCGGCUCAGACGUUUAGAUGAGGUUGGUUGCUGGAAAACUCUUAACCAAAAAAUCUUGUAAGCUUCAAAAUUAUUCAAAUGUUGUAAACUUAACAACAAACCUAUUUAAUAGUAUAUCCUUUGACCAAAAAAAAGUAUAUCCAAAAAUGUACAACAUUACCAAAUCACCCACAAAAUUCGUAAUCAUCUAAAUAAACAAAAUAAUUUGAAAGUACAUCUUGAUAAUCCUAGUCAAGCUAGAAAAAUCUAAAAUCUCAACAACAAACAAAAUUUCAAUAUAUCUGAUUUUAUUUGUGAUAAUUUCAUUCAUUUAAUACAAAAUCUCAAUGAGUAAAAGUAAAAUAUCUAGUUUUGUAUUUUACUCAAACUAUUCUUUUAUAUUUAUUAUUUCGAAAUAUCAAAUGUUUUUUUUAAACACUAUCAAAUGUUAAAAAUAGGGAAAAGGAAUAUUUUGAUUCGUUGAGAUAGUAGGAGACAAAGACCAAACAGUUAAAGAAAAAAACAGAGUAAGCACUCUGCCCAAAGUUUCUUCUUCUUCUGUUAUAUCUCUUUCUCGUGAGGCCCAAUGUAAAUUCCUCGCACGGAUUCAAUUCAACUACCCCCAAAAAGCUGAACACUUAAUUUUCUCUAAAUUCUCUUUCUUUCUCCAAAAGAAACGAAACUUUCAACCAUUUUCAAAAGACCCUUUUAAAGCUUCACAAUCUAGAAAAGGUUUAUUUCAACAUUCUGAUAAAAAUGAGUAUGGAGGCUGUGAAGAAAAUGCUUCGGAGGGUGAAGGAGGCGGUGAAGAAGACCAAGAAGAAGAAGAAACAGACUAUGUUUCAGUAUGAUCCAUGGAGUUACGCCUUGAACUUUGACGAUGGAGGAGAAACUCAGAGAUUCUCCGGCGACUGUAAACACUGCAAGAUCACUUUGAUUUAUGUUGUUUCUGUCAAAUUUUGACAAGUUAUCUCCUUAUCUCUCUCAUCUGCUUACAGUUUUGAAGCAGUCCACAUUUGUUUCCGUGUCUACCACUCGCUCUCUCUUCUUUUGUCAUUUUCCAUCAAACUUAGCUAAAGAUAAUCUUUUCUAAAAACUUGAAUAGUAUUUUGUUUCUGUGUACUGCAAAAGAUUGAAAGCGUUUGGCUCUUCUAAGUUCGAGUCAAGCUUCUUGAAAUCGAUUUAGUUUGGCAACAUUUGAUAUCGUAAAUCAAUGUACAAAUUCCAAUGUAGAAACCGUAAUUACUUUGUUGAACA